AUGGAGCUCAAUAAAGUCACACUAGAAAUCUUCACUAAACUGGAGCAGAACUGGCUUCACCAUUGCGCCGGAAAUCAAAUUAAGACACGCAUUCUCAGUAUUGAUGGUGGAGGAACCACCGGCGCGGUCGCCGGCGCCGCCCUGAUCUACUUAGAAGACCAGAUUCGCUCCAGAACUAACGAUCCUCACUUUCGUAUGGUAAACUUCUUCGAUAUCAUUGCAGGUACAGGAAUCGGCGCAAUUUUCGCAACUCUACUAGCUGCUGAUGAGGAAAACGGACAAGCUCUCUUCAAGAAUGCUAAAGAUGUAGUUGAUUUCGUCAUGGAGAAGCAAUCCGAACUCUUCAAAGUGAAAACCGCCGGUUUAUUUCAACGCCGGCGGAGAUUUUCCGGAAAGAGUAUGUCCACAUUGCUGAAAGAGAUUCUAAGAACAAAAGAAGGUGAAUUACUAACUUUAAAGAACACGUGUAAGCCGAUCCUCGUUCCUUGCUUCGAUCUCAACAGCUCGGCUCCUUUCGUUUUCUCGAAAGCCGAUGCGUCGCAAUCUCCGAGUUACGACUUCGAGUUAUGGAAGGUAAUUCGCGCCACGUUAGCAACUCCGUCAAUGUUCAAACCGUUUCCGUUGACGUCCGUCAACGGAACAACCUCCUGCCUCGCCGUUGACGGCGGCAUUGUGAUGAAUAAUCCAACUUCCGCCGUCGUCACUCACGUUUUACAUAACAAACGCGAUUUUCCGUCAGUUAACGGCGUGGAAGAUCUCGCGAUUCUCUCUUUAGGUAAUGGAUGUUUGAGCAAUCACUCAGGUAAACCUAAACUUAACCGUAACGGCGAUUGCUUGACGUCGGCGAUCGUGGAUAUCGCAGUAGACGGAGUAUCCGAGACGGUUGAUCAAAUGAUCGCAAACGCUUUUGGCUGGAAUCAACUUGACUACGUUAGAAUUCAGGUAAAUUAUUAUUUACCGUCAGGCAGAUAAUUUUAAUUUGAUAUGGUAAAAUAUAUGCAGACCUAUGGUAGCUUGAGUGGUGAUGAGGAGCAGAGAAUGAUAACGGAGAAAGGGAUGGAAACGUUACCGUUUGGCGGGAAGAAGUUACUGACGGAGACAAACGGAGAGAGGAUUGAGUGCUUUGUGAAACGGUUUACUGGAAAAGGACGUUAGGCGUUUGUUUGAUUAACGGACGUUAGAUAGUUCGG